GUCUGGACAUUGCUCCCUGUCCGACGAAAAACAGAUCCCCGCCUGCGGUCAGGGCCCUCAGGCGGUGGUAAGGAGUUGUGUUCACUCAUCUUCAGCCCUUCAGAGCAGAUGGGGAAAAGUGAAAGCUGACGAGUGACUUCUACGACAUUAUUCCGUCAUUUACUGGUUUUGUGUUGUAAGAGCUGACAUAUUACCGAGCCAGCGCCAAGGUCACAAGGCAAAGAUGUACCAGGCUUGGGUUAUCGUGAGUCGAACGAACAACUACGUUCUCACUGGAAACUGUACUUGUAUGGCAGGAAUACCAUAGAGAAAAAAAAGACGACAACUAUGGCUAAAUGCCAUCAAAAGAAAGGACUGGGCGGAGGCGAUCAUCAAGAAUGCUCGUGUUUGUAGCGCACACUUCAUAACAGGCGAGGCUUCUACAGAUGAGAACAAUCCAGAUUUUGCCCCCUUCUGUCUUCCUAUUGUCAGCAGAGUGCCAGGUCUAUGGAAAAGGUUGCAAGGCUUGAAAGAAAAAAGAAAAGGGAUAACGCUACUUGGACAGAUGAGCAGGAGGAAGCUUCUUGGCAUGUCCAUGCUGAUGAUGCCCUAUUGACAGCAGAUGAACCAGAAGAGAAUAUGGUCCCACAAGAAGCCUACAACAGUCUAAAAUUUAGCAGGGACUGCACAGAGUAUAAUAUCCCAUCAGCACCACCAUUGCAGCCAGUAAAACCUCUCUACAGCAACGCGGUCAUGGUUGUGGACAAAAAAACAUCACAGAUUUUCUGCAUCACCACUCUCCUCUUCACGGCUUUACAUGUCCAAGGUGUAAGAGGAUACUGGAUAAGAGAUAGGUAUGUAGCUGCUGGAGGGUAUGAAUCCUUGCCAUGUGCCGACAUGUGUAUGUCAGACUGCCUUAAGACUAUAUGGACCUACAGCAGCCCUCAAGGAGAACGGUUUGAUGUGAUGACGUAUGGGAGGGUCAGAACAGACAACACGAAGAGAGCUGAGAGAAUGAGCCCGAACCACUGCUGCAGCCUGGGCAUUGCUAAUGUCACUGCUGAAGAUGCUGGAGAAUACUAUUGUGGACCAGGAGGUGGAGAGAUUUCUCUCUCCAUCUUAGACAUCUCUGCAUCUCCAUCAAGGACGGACAGUGAUGUCUCUCUCUCCUGCCUCCUGCACACCCAUAAGGGCUGUGAAAAACAGUCUUUUACUGACAAGAUUCAUCUGAGCUGGAUAGAUGAGAAAGGUUCUCCACUGCAAGAAUCUGCUGACCGCCAGAUCCAAAACACAUCUGCCUGUCACACCACACUCAAAGAGUCGCACCUUCACCAAAGGGAGAAGACAUGGAGUUGCCAACUGACCACCAGAUGGAGAUGGCUUAAAAUUGUAGCCACGUAUACAAUGUUAGAUCCAGAUCCAACCGGAAGAUCCCCGGGACUCAUGAUGGAAUCUGACGAAAUGGGAAAAGCAAAGAAGGGGAAAUCCAGUGCAUCUUUAGAGAUCCCUAUUAGACUUACUAUGUUCUUCAUUCUGCUGAUUCUGCCUGUGGUCAUUGGGAUUGUUCAUGUGGUGAAAAGAAAGAGACAAAAUGUUAAAGAGCCUCUUGAAGAUACUGAACUUCAAGAUUUGAAAUAACACCAAACCCCUUCCCUUAUAUAAUAUAAUUUUCUUGAGAUUUAAAAGCAAGAUUUUUAAAUUAUAUGCUUACACGUGGUACAUUAAAGCUACAGUGUGUAGGAUUUAAGGCCAUCUAGAAAUGGAAUACAGUAUUCAAAAUGAUGUUUUUAGUGUAUUAUUACAUACAUACAUACAAGACUUGUGUUUUUGUCAGCUUAGGCUUAAAAUAAGCCCAUUAUAUCUAAAGUCCAUGUGCAUAUUGUGCCACCAUCUUGUUACUAGUCUAUAUUACUAUGUAAGUCAACAAGAAUAGUUAAUAGUGUUUGGCUUUAUUAUCUUGUUGAUUUGUGUUGUCUCACUACUUUUUAAACUUUUUUUGGCCUUCCUUGUCUGUAUCUAUUUUAUUUAUUCAUUUGUCCUUUUAUUUAAUAUACUGUAUCCUAAGACUUGUUCCUAUGUCUCAGGGAUAUUGUGUGUGUGUAAAAAGAAUGCUAAAGAUGAGCAUGCAGUAUGUGCAGCAUCAGGUUGGCAUCAGUUGGAGGAAGCCUUUUAAUAAGUUUGGGUGGCUUUUUGCUGGGACUGUAGCGAGUGUUAUUCAUCGACUUGGCCUUUUAAGUUCAGAUGGCUAGGGAUAACCCUACUGUAGGCCAGUGCUUGGUGAACCUAAUGCCACUCAAAGUGACGACCUAAAAUAUACUAAAAGACCUAAAAGACGGAGUUCUUUGUCACAUUGUAUGGGCAGAAGAAGGCCUAGUCGAUGAAUAACACUACCAGAUCUACAGUCCCAGCAAAAAGCUACCCGAACUUAAAAGGCUUACUCAAACUGAUGCCAACUUGAUGCUGCACAUACUGCGUGCUCAUCUCCAGGUCAUGUUGUAGACUGCAGGUCAGAGAGAGGCCAGAGACAUCACUAAAUUUGGGUGGGAGGUUGCUAAUGGAGGUGCUGUCAUGCCCGCUCUUGCCAUCCAGGCAGUGUCUCCAGUUAAUCUGCUUGAUGUCACCAGCUGUAGCUGCAGCAAAUUGACGGCUUGCAGCAAAGGAAACAGCAGCUGCCAUGCUGUGAGUUGCACUGACUACUGCAAGUGUGAAGGGGGUGAGGUCCGCUGCUGCAACCCAUUCACAAUACAUACAGAUAAAGACCAAGAAGAUGAUGAGACUGAAGGGAAUGAGGAGACAAAUGAGGAAGAUAGUGAACGCUGUUGAGUGUGUGCGUACUGUAAAUAAUUAUUUUACAGCGUGUGCGUGUGUGCAUGCUCUAUACCAGUGGUCCCCAAACUUUUUCUUCCGAGGGCCAGCUCACUAUGCCUGACUCUAAUAGAGGGCCAGAGAC